UGGACAAUUAUAAUUGCCUGUCCAGAUGCUACGUUAUUUUAACAAUUUUUUGCGGAACUAUUUCUAAGUAAACAUUUUGCAGUCGGCUUUGUUAAUAUUAACAAAUAUAAAGUAUUUUUAGUCAACAUCUAUUGCCAACCGAGUUACUACGCUCUUAACCACCAUGAAAAGAGUAGACUUCGAUGAUACCAACGACCUUCCUAUUAACGUAAUGUCGAGUGUUAUAAGCUGCGUAACACCAUCAACUAAUUUUCAUUGGCUACCGGCAAGAACAGAUAAUUUAUCCACAAUAACUGGUCGAACUCUGUGCAGUAAAAAAACAAUUACUCCUGAAGUUUUGUCUUUGGCUCCACCGCUUAUGGAUUUCGAAGAUGAACUUAUUUGGUUUGAAAAUAGAGGGGACAGUAAUGAGAUUGUAUCAUAUGAUAACUCGAACUGCAUUGAUGCAUACUCCAAACACCUUUUAACUCUUGCUUUUUGCCAGCCUUUAACACCUCAUGAACAAAAAACAUUAUUGGAAGAUGUUAUGAAGCAUACAAACUUUAUUUAUCAAAUAGGAUUAACUCCAUCUAAGUUGCCCCAAUUAGUAGAAAAUAAUCCACUUAUAUCAAUAGAAAUUUUGCUGAGGCUUAUGAAAACGGUCGAAAUAACGGAAUAUUUUAAUGUUUUGGUACAAAUGGACAUAACACUGCACUCAAUGGAGGUUGUUAACAGGCUUACUACUUCAGUGAAUUUACCUACAGAGUUUAUACAUUUAUAUAUCAGCAAUUGCAUCUCUACAUGUGAGACUGUUAAGGACAAAUAUAUGCAGUCCCGUCUGGUGCGUUUAGUUUGUGUUUUCUUGCAGUCACUUAUAAGGAACAAAAUAAUUAAUGUCAAGGAAUUAUUAAUUGAAAUCGAAGCUUUCUGCGUUGGUUUCAGCCGAAUAAAAGAAGCUGUAGGUUUAUAUAGGCUUCUAAAGAAUUUGGAACUUGGAGAACAUGGCUCUAGUACCAACAACGGAAGUUUAACGUAUUCUACGAACAAAAAUGAAACUAUAUCUCCAAAAUAGUUUUAUUAAUAUUUUACGAGUAAAGUAAAUUGUUUUGAGAUGCUAUAGAAGUAAAUAAAAUAAAAUAGGAUUUUCUUUGCAUAUAUGUACAUAUGGUAGAUAGUAUGCAGUGCACAAAACAAAAAAAACUUCUACAGGAAGAUGGUUUGACUUUGAA